AUGCCCAUCUCGAUGUUGCUCCGCUCCUCUGCUGUUCUGCUCAUCUACAUUUCCAAUCUCCUGCUGUUCCAAUCCUCUCCUGUUCCACUCCUCUGCUGUUCCGCUCCUCUCCUGUUCCGCUCCUCUCCUGUUCCGCUCCUCUCCUGUUCCGCUCCUCUCCUGUUCCGCUCCUCUCCUGUUCCGCUCCUCUCAUGUUCCGCUCCUCUCAUGUUCCGCUCCUCUCCUGUUCCGCUCCUCUCCUGUUCCGCUCCUCUCAUGUUCCGCUCCUCUCCUGUUCUGCUCCUCUUCUGUUCCGCUCCUCUCCUGUUCCGCUCCUCUCCUGUUCCACUCCUCUCAUGUUCCGCUCCUCUCCUGUUCCGCUCCUCUCAUGUUCCGCUCCUCUCCUAUUCCGCUCCUCUCCUGUUCCGCUCCUCUCCUGUUCCGCUCCUCUCCUGUUCCACUCCUCUGCUGUUCCGCUCCUCUGCUGUUCCGCUCCUCUGCUGUUCUGCUCCUCUGCUGUUCCGCUCCUCUGCUGUUCCGCUCCUCUGCUGUUCCGCUCCUCUGCUGUUCCGCUCCUUUGCUGCCUUGGCGGACAUGUUUGGAGACCCAGCCAAUGCACCCGGCUUUGUGCUGAAGCCACGCAUGGACACUGACCCUGAAACCGGCCAGCGACGCUACUCCACCCCAGAGACGGGCACAUGGUGGCAUAAUGCCCAGGUAUGCCGCAUUUGCGCACCUGCAACUAACACCUCAUGA